AUGUACCGAAACGUCUUGAACCAUGCCAAGUGGGAUGUCUCCAAGCAGGCCAGAGUGUCCUUGAUCCCGUUUUUCACCGAAGGCCAGUACUUCUUCAUCCAAGCUGCCCAGGCCCGAUGCGAGCACAUGGAUCCUGACCCGACUAACGCGUACCUCCGAAAACGGGAUGGAGCCACUGCAGCCGAUAAGGUCAACCUACCUUUCGCCAUGAACAACCCGCUCUUCGCAAACCGGUUCGGCUGCGCCAAGGAGAGGCCGAUGUUCUCCAAGGACGCUCUCUGCAAGGCCAGCCCGUCGAAUUCUCUGAAGAAGGAUACAGAAAAGGAGUACCCAGGAGUGUACUAUUAGCU